AUGACUGCAAUAUGUUUCGUUUGCAAUCUUCCAAUACUAUCCCAUCAAGUGGGCUUGGUAUGGGCGGGUGGAAACGGCUGGGACGAGCUGACGCGCUCUACCCUAGAAGAAACAACUCUCAGACAGCGGCUAGGCAGUCGAAGGGACUCAGCAGCCCAGGUUUCAUGCCUUUCUCCUCCAGAACCCGAUGGUGGGGACCAGCCAAGAGGUGGUCCCCGCCGCCGCAGAUCAUCAUUAGCUCAGCUUACAGACAUUCUUCGAGAAUGGGGCGGUGGUGGAAGCAAUGCCCCAAGACGUCAAAGGGCACCUUUGUCACGACGAGAAACUUUAGCAGAUCUCGCUCGCUCUCUCCCUUGGGCGCGCCACGAGCCUCCACCUCGACGCCGACGAGAUUCAUCCGCAGAUUCUGGCAUCAAGUCAAUGGCGUCAAAACGCCGCGAUUCAAAAGCAGCACAUCAAGAUUUCCGAUCUGAUUACCCACACUAUUUUGAAAGAAAAGAUUCCACAACAAUUAUUCCUACAAGAGAACGACGCAUUAAAAGACGCGGUUCUGGUGAUGACAAGGAGCGCAGAGAUUCUGUUGAUGGACACCGACAUAGACGUGAUUCUGUAGUAGUCCCACCUCCCAGGAUCGUUGCAACCCAUAAAAAGAGAAAACCAUCUCCCCCAAUGCAGGCACCACCAUCGUUUGUCGAUGCUUCUUCAGAUCCUGGUCCUUCGCAGCCACCAGCAGUAACGGUUGUUACUGUACAUGAGCCGAGUCGAUCUGAUGGUGAAUGUCCCUCAAUGACAAUGCCAACUAUCAUAACAUCUGCAGUAACACCAUCUCCAACAUCGCCAACGGUACCCAGUGUUAAUACUGUUACAACGCAACCAUCUCCAACAACACAAGUAAAUCAAAUAAGUACAGGAACACUGGAGUCUCAAUCGACGCAGGCUACACAAGCCACACCUGGUGGUAGAACACCACCUUACUUGGGAGGUAGGCGUGAUUCUACCACACAAUGUGGUCGAACAAGGCGUGAUUCAAGAGCAGCAGCAAGUCCAGAACGAAGAUUGGGAAGGCUGCAAAGACAAGCUACCGCUUUCGAUGAUCCUAUUGGUCCGCCUGGAACGCGACGGCCUUCUUUAGAGCCUGAUGAUGCUGGAAGAGCCCGUCGCGACUCUUUAAGUCCAGAUUCAGCAGCGCGAUCUAGAAGAGAAAGAAAUCAGUUGAGCCCAGAUCGAGCAGGAGGAGGUGAAUUAAGCCCAUCAGCAGCACGACGACGAAGUCGUCUAAGACGACAAGCAUCCUGUGCUAGAAUGGGACGAGCUCGAAGUCCAGAAUCAAGUUCUUGUUCCAGUCGAGAUCCUAGCCCCGGAGCUAGGCCACCAGAAAGAACCAUAUUCAGGCGACAAUCAACGACAGAAGAAAUACUCAUUGCACGGGGUUUCCGACGCCAAUCAACAACAGAAGAAAUGAUACGUUGUAGAAAUUUCAGGCGUCAAAGUUCACAAAGUGAUGAUGCGUGUAUGCGCGCUAGGGGUCGCAGAGAUUCAUCAACCCAGAUUUUAGACGGCACCAUUGGGACCAUGACUGUUGAAACAACUAGUACUUUCUUCGAUUCAAGUACUCAAACUGAGCCAUCACCACUAUACGACAACAACCAUUACCACGAGGAAUGUCUGCGCUGCAACUCCUGCGGGUUGAACCUUACCGGACCAAAUCAGAAACGAGCGCGCCGCUUCAAAAACCAGAUCCUGUGCGACCUUCACUUCGCGGACGUCGCGCUCAUGGAGUGCAGCGACUUCAUGCAACAGCUGCGCAGCUUCAAACCUCAGUCACUGGGUUGCGCUGUGGCCAGGCGCAAGUCGUCAACUACCCUCAUAUUCCCUUUGCCACCUCAGGCGUGUUCAGAUGAAUUCUGCGAAGAAUACCCCCACAACCUGAUUCCCACGCCCGGCUACUGGAUAGAGUGUUCACGUCAGAAAAUCGCAACAGACACGAUUUGGGACGAAUCGGAGUCAGAACAUGACAGCGGACCAGAACGAGAAAAUGACAAUGACCGCCACAGAAGAUCGGGUUCCUUGGACGAAGCGGCAGAGGACAGCAGUGACAAUGGCGGCAGUACACCAAAGAAGAAAACCGCCAUAGAGGAACAAUGGGAGAGGUCUGGCGGAUUCGAGCUAACUUCUGUCGAACAGGAGACAUACGAAAAAUACUUCUAUGGCACAGAACAUUGGAACUACUUUACAAAUGACGAAGACCUCGGACCUGUGAUACUUUCUAUUAAACAAGAAACGCUUAACUCAAGGGAUCAGUUUAGGAUUUUAGUUCGGGCGAUAAGUUACACCGUGCACGGGUUGAUUCCCGCGUCCUGUGUGUUCGCGGAUCGGUAUAACCGCGAGGAGGUCGUGAGGUCGCUGGGGAAGGAGGUCAACAUCAACCCGCCGCUCAUGCUUGGCCAGCUGCCUGAUACACCUGAAGAAUUGCUGAAACUUGACCAGGUUUUCAUCAAAUCCGAAUUAAAAGUUGGAGUUAUAUACGUUAAAGAAAACCAAUAUACCGAAGAGGAAAUCUUGGAUAAUAAUGAAAAUUCACCGUUGUUCGAAGAAUUUCUUCAAGUUCUUGGAGAAAAAGUGCGACUCAAAGGUUUCGACAAAUACAAAGGCGGUCUAGACACAGUCCAUGACCUGACCGGAUUAUACUCCGUAUACACGAACUGGAGGAGCAUAGAGAUAAUGUUCCACGUUUCCACUCUCCUGCCAUACGAGAGACAUGACCCGCAGAAGUUGCAAAGGAAACGACAUAUUGGCAAUGAUAUUGUUUGCGUCGUGUUUUUGGAAGCUGAUAAUACCGCCUUCUCGCCGGCUUGCAUAAAGAGCCAUUUUCUACAUACGUUUAUUUUGGUGCGAGUGUCGGCCAAAAUCAAGCGGCGGCCGACGCGCUAUGAGGUGUCGGUGGUGACGCGCGACGAGGUCGGCGCCUACAAGCCCUACCUCUGGGAGCAGAGCGUGUUCGAUAAGGGGGCUAUGUUCCGAGAGUGGCUGCUAACGAAGAUAGUGAACGGCGAGCGAGCGUCGUACUCGGCGCCGAAGUUCGCGCGCAUGCAGGAGCGCACGCGCAGCCAGAUGCUGGAGGACAUCGUCGCCAACCUGCAGAACCACGCCGAGACGGGGCAGAUACCGAAACCUUAUCGCCGAGGGUCCUGGCGGCCGAUCGGGCACAUGCGGCCGUCGUCGCCGCUGCUGGACUCGGUGCGCGACCAGUUCGAGGACUACGACCAGCUCGCGAAGGACUUCACGCGCGUGUUCCUCAACAGCGAGCUCAACGCGGCGCACAACGCGCAGCUGUUCGACGUCGUCUUCCUCGUGGGGCAGUCCAAGCAGAAGACCAGGUUCAUUGGCGUCAGGGCGAUCCUGGGGGUGCGGAGCAGGGUGUUCCAGGAGAUGCUGUACGGCAUCCAGUCGGGGUUUGGGUCGCCGCAGGUGCCGGUGGCGGAGCUGCUCGCGCGGCCCGCGCCCACGCUGCUCUCGCCCACGCCCAACAAGCACAAGAGCAGCAACUUCCUGCAGGUGCCCGACAUCGAGUCGCCCAGGCCGAAGAGCGUGCCGAGCUCGCCGAUGGUGAAGCGCGCGUUCUCGCGGCUCGGCACCAUCACGGCGGGCUGGGGCCGCUCCAUCCGCAAGCAGCACUCGCACCUCAACGCCGACGACAAGAAGAAGUGGGCCAGCUCGCAGGACUGCUCCAACAAAGAAGCAAAAGAGAAAGAAAAGGACAAAAACGCAGCUUUAGCGGUCCCCAGGUUAUCUGUAUGUGCGGACGCGCAGAAAGUCGAUCGUGCCAAACUAGCUCAGACUGAGUUCUCGAUAAUCGAGUUCGACCCGGAGACGUUCCGCACGCUGCUGGACUACCUGCACACGGGCAGCUGCCCGCUCACGUGCGCCUCCAUCCCGGGGCUCAUCUGCGCGGCCGAGCACUACGACCUGCCCGAGCUGCUGCAGGCCUGCUUCCACCACGCGAAGCAGUUCCUCAGGAUUGAAGUGGUAUGUACAAUGCUGAUCUCGCUGGAGAACUAUUACUGGCGUUACACAUCGGCCUCAGAACUCGUAAACAUGAUCCUUGCAUUCAUUGAACAACGGGCCUAUGCUCUUUUCCAAACACCAGAAUUUCUGAACCUAUCUGAAUCGAUGGUCCAAAUGAUCAUGUGCAGAAACUUAGAAGUCCCGGAAGUGAGGAAAUUCGAAGCGAUGCUAAGCUGGGCUAGAAACAAAAUAAAGGCCAAAUCUGCUAAUAAGACUGACGCUAAAAAUGAAUUUAAAUGCAUCAUGGAAAGGCUGGCUAGAGAUCUGAAACUUUACCGAAUAUCGCCCCAGGAGUUGAUAAAAGUGGUGCUUCCAUCUAAGGCCAUUAAAAACGAACGCAUUCUGGAAACCCUCAUGUAUCAAGCCAACUCGGGGAUGUACAGGAUCCAAGAAGAUUACAUAGAGGCCUGUCAACAGCGUAUACAAAAGCAAGACUCUAGAUUUUCCGAAUUCGAAAGCUUUGACUAUGGCAUUUAAACUUGGAGCUGUGAGGAAUAUCAGUGUAUUAGAUAGUUUAGGAACUGUUCGGACCGGGUUCUUCUCAUUGUGGUAUGUUGACGCCUUCUAAAAGUAUUAUUGUUGUAGAUGUACUUUAGUAGAGGUGCGAGAAAUUUUUGUACAAUUCUCGAAUACCUAAUCCUUGUUGUUGUUCAUUGAUACCUAUAUAUUUUAUACAUCUAGCUAGACGUGUUCAGUAUAAACAUCUCUAUUUUUGGUACCAGAAAUUUGGCAAAUAAUAUGUGUGGAGAUAUUUAUUUGAUGAUAUCGUCAAACAAUGUCGAGUACAUAAAGCGGGAUUAGAAUAUCUUGUAUGGGUCAGAAGCUGGGGAGUAUGUUCUAAUGUUCAUAUAAUGUAAUUUGUUAACACUCUUUACACCUUGCAACUAUCCGCCCUUACAGUUAACUAAUGUUCGAUUGAUUUUUCUCAAAACAUAUGUUAAGACUAAAAUGUCCCACUUAUUAAUGUCUCUUAGAAUAGUUCCCCAGAUUGGUCCCAAACCAUGUUAAAAGAUAUCAAGUGACUGAUGAAUAAUUUGAGCAAAAAUAUGAUGGAAUUCUAAAUGUUAGAUGUAAUGAAUGAUAUUUAUGAAA